AGUUAGGUUAGGGAAUUUGUAGUUUGAGACAAAAUACCGGCUAAACACGUCAACAGAAAUUUUUUCUUCCAGCUACUGGAGUUAUUUGUAUUAUUUAUAAUUUUAGUCUUGAUAUAUCUUAGUUAAAAUUAUUAAUAUGGAUUUAAUUUACCGAGCACCGUUUUUUGUACUUGAAGUUCCAAAUUUAAAACUUAAAAAACCAUCAUGGUUUGUAAAACCAAAUGCAAUGAUUGUAUUCUCGAUCAUACUUUUAUCAUAUUUCAUGGUCACUGGAGGUAUUAUUUAUGAUGUAAUUGUUGAACCACCAAGUGUUGGAUCCACAACAGAUGAACAUGGACACACAAGGCCCGUGGCAUUUAUGCCAUAUCGUGUAAAUGGACAAUAUAUAAUGGAAGGAUUAGCUUCUAGCUUUCUGUUUACUCUUGGAGGUCUCGGUUUUAUUAUUUUAGAUCAAACACAUUCACCAUCAACCCCAAAAUUAAAUAGAAUACUUCUCAUUAGCGUUGGUUUUAUUUGUAUAAUCGUAUCAUUCAUUACUUGUUGGAUAUUUAUGCGCAUGAAACUUCCAGGAUAUUUUCAGUGGUAAGAGAUAGUAUUUCAUUUUUUAACUACUUGCUAUCUAUCAACAAUCAACUUGAUACAUUAUUCAGAUCUGCAUCAUUUCAAAGCUGAAGAGAAUCGAAAAAUGAGAUUUAAAACAACCAUUUUUUAUCAAUAAAUUUUUAUCAUUUCUAUAAUACA